GCAUGAGCGAUUGAAGCAAGGAGGUAACCCUAACCACAACUUGCCAUGAACCAUCAUACCGUUAGCGCCAAGCUGGUGGCACUGCCGCCCAAGUGUCAAGCUCGAGAAGUACUUACGACUACCUACUAUACCCUUUGACCGACUCUCGUUAUUCUAUUCCCUUAUAACGUUCACGAUGUCUAUGCUCGACAAGUUCAAGAAGGGUGCUCAGAAAGCGGGUAUCCAAGCAACCGCUUUCGUGAAGGACGGCUCAAACAAGAUCGCUACUGGCUCUAGGGACUUCGCUCAGGGAUUCAGCUUGCCGGGUGAAGCGGAGAAGGCUGCAAAUAUUCUCGCAAGUUUCUUGGGUACGAGAACCGACCCUGAACACGCUGAAUCAGCUCUGAAUUCCAUACCUAAAGCUGUCCUGCAACGUGCAAGAGGCCUCGCCAUUUUCUCAGUCUUGAAGGCAGGAUUCAUGUUCUCCGGCAAAGCCGGCUCAGGUCUCGUAAUCGCUCGCCUUCCAGACGGUUCCUGGUCUGCUCCAUCAUGCAUCGCGACUGGAGGUGUAGGAUGGGGGCUUCAGAUCGGUGCAGAUAUUACAGAUUUCGUCAUUGUGCUUAAUAGCGAGGAUGCUGUACUAGCGUUUUCAAUGGGAGGCAAUGUCACUAUUGGAGGCAACAUUAGCGCUGCUGCUGGACCGAUUGGUACUGGUGGAAGCGUUCAAGCAUCGUUGGCUCAUCCCGCACCUAUGUUCUCAUACUCGAAGUCUAAGGGACUGUUUGCCGGCCUUUCGUUGGAAGGCACUGUCCUUAUUGAACGCAAAGAUGCCAACCGCGAGUUCUACGGCUCACCUGUUCCCGCUCGGGAUAUCCUAAGCGGCCGAGUCCCUCCACCGGAGGUUGCAUCGAAGUUGUAUGAAGUGAUUGAAGCCGCAGAGGGUAUCGACGAGUCGGGGCUUCCGGAGGCUGCUUAUGUUCCUACCGCGACGGGAGACCAUGCGGAGGUUCGGCCGGGAAACAUGGUAUUCGACGCAGAGGGUCACCAUUGAAGCGUUGGGAAGGUAGAUCAGGGUUGCAGUUGGGUUGGAGUGAGGAGGAUACCAUACUACAUAUGAAUUACGAUAGCUGUUGAUUACUUCAGGAUUUCUCUCUUGUACUUGUACAGUAGUCCUAUACACACUUUCGCUCUGCUUUGAUGUCAAUCCAUCUUUAUGAGAUAUCGAGAAGUCCAAAAUGUAUUAUGCCAAGUAGAUGCAGUCUAGUGGUACAGUAAGCAAUCCGAAAUCCACAAUCGUAACAGUUGUCGUAAUAGGAACACAGCUCUAUCUAGUCUAGAAAUAUUUGUCCCA